AUUAAAUUUAAAUACCGUGAAUUCAUGGCAGUAUUCAGUUUGGCGCCGGAAGAGUCCUCACCGGAUCCAACCCAGCAACAUCCACCGCCGCAACAACAGCUGCAGACCGGUCGAGAGGUGGCUUCCGACGACGAGCGGUCAGUGGCUGCCGAUUCCUGGUCAAUAAAGAGCGAUUACGGAAGCACACUCGACGAUGAGCAGCGCCACGCUGAUGCCGAAGCCCUCUCCUCUGCUGCCAAAUUCCGUACCGCCCCAUAUUACAGCUCUGACAAGGAUGAACCAGAUGCCGAUGCAAUGACAACAGUGCUAUGUCUUCAGAGUUAUAGGAAUGGUGCAAAUGCAGAGGAGUUGGCAAAUUUUCAUGAACAUGACCAUGCUGCUGAAAUUUGGAUUGGAGCUGAUAUCAUUGAUACUGUUACUUUUUGGACCAAAAGCUUGUGUAUUGAUAUUUCUCAAGGUCACAUGCCAAAUCAUGUUGAUGAGGCCAAGCUCGAACCUGUUGCACUGGAUGAAAAAUAUUUGUCUUGCUGGAGUGUACUUGAUAUUGGCACUGGCAACGGUCUGCUCCUUCAAGAACUUGCUAAGCGGGGUAUGCUCUGA